AUGAAAAGGAAAAGCGAUUUGAGAAAUCUCAUAGAUACCGAUGUAAAUUUAUCGAAAUAUUUAAGUCAGGGAGCCAUUCCAAAAAAUAAAGGACACGAAAACAAAAAUAAAUUUUCAUCAAACGAGUCGACAAAGAGUUCGGAAAAAAAUAGCCAAUUUUCUCGCAAUAAAGAAAAUCAUCAUUCCCGAAUUAAAAAGUGGUCAUCUUUAUCGAAUUUCGAUAAAAGAUCGAAUGAUCAUCCGAUAAUUCUUAACAGUAAACCUAAUCGUGGUCCAUUCGUAUACAUAGUACCUAAUAAUCCAUCGAGUGGGUAUUCUUUGGCACCCGGUAAAUAUUUAAUAAUUUCACUCUCGGAAACGGAUAUAUUGAAUACGUAUUCGGUGAUACGUCAUCCGAAAAAAGGCGCUCGGGGUACGUCACCACCGGAAACGAAUAAUUCAAAAUUAAAUUUAAAUUCUUCGAUCGAAGAAGAGUAUGAUCCUUUACCGAGUAAUAAUUUAAAUUUGUCGACGAAAGGCGAGGGAUUGAAAGAAGGUGAAAAAAAAUUUGAUGAAUUAAUUGAUAAAUAUAUAAACGAUGAAAAUGGUUUGAAUGAUUAUAUAAAACUGGAAAAAAUAACUGGAGAAAUAUUGGAAAUGAUGGCGUCCAUAUCGUUAAAUUUACCAGAAAAUUAUUUAAAUUCGUUAAAGAUGAAAUAUAUGGAGUUAAACGAAAAUAAAGAAUUGAUGUUAAAAUAUCUUGAAAAAAUAAAAAUAAAAAUGGAGAAGGAAGAAUUAUUACUUAAAGUUUUGGACAUUUUUCCAAACAUAGAUCCGUCAUAUGUAAAAGAAAAACUUGAAAAUUUUAAUUACGGAGGAGGAGAAAAAUAUCCAAUAAACGAAGAUUUAUCAAAUGAUGAAAAUAAAAAAUUAUGGAAAAUGUACGUAAAUGAUUUUGACAUGGAUGAUUUCAUGAUAGAAUUUCCAAAUUAUAAAAAUUAUUACGGUAGCAUAGCAGUAUUAAUUUCUUAUCACAAAGAAAUAAAUGAUUACGAAAGGGGGAAAAAAAAAAGAGAAGAUGAGGAAAGGGAGGAAGCAGAAUCGACAGGAUUUUUUUAUUGUACUUUAUGCUGCGACGAUAAAUUAAUUUUUUCACUGAUUACGAUUUGUCCCGAUGGAUUAAUAAUUUGUGUCAUAAUGAAAUUUACUUAUAUAAAUAUUAAAAUCGGUGAUGGUGCUAAUAAAUUUUAUUGUCCUUGCGGAUCAGAUACAAUUUUACCGGAUGAUUUGAUUAAAAAUUAUUUAUGUAAAAGAAUAUUUAAAAAGUUAUUAUUGAAAAGGCAAGCAGAAGAAAUUAAAAAAGCUCAAAUCAACGGAUUGGAAUCUUGUUUAUUUUGUCAUUUUUCAUACAUACCUAAUCCAGAUGAUAAAGUUUUUAUAUGUCAGAACGAGGAAUGUUUAAAAGAAAUUUGCAGAAACUGUCAUGAAGAAAAUCACAUACCAUUGAAAUGUGAAGAAGUUAUCAGGGAAAAAGAUAUUGAAGCGAGAAAAAAAAUCGAAGAAGAAAUGACAAAAAAAUUAUUAAGGACAUGUCCAAAUUGUGGCCAAAAAUUUAUUAAAAUAGAUGGUUGUAACAAAAUUACUUGCACAUGUGGAACAUUGGCUUGCUACAUAUGCCAAAAACAAAUACAAGAUUAUACUCAUUUUUCUGAUAGAGGUGGGAUAGGGUAA